AUGCCUCAAAUGUCCAAGUAUCCCCUCGGCGAAACCGAUCACGAACUGCAGGAUCAGAAGAGCUCCGCAGGCGACGGAACGAGAAUCACCCUAAAGGUCUGGCAGAACUACGGGCGUCGGCAUGGGAAGAGACUGGGAAACGAGCAGAUAUUUCAUCGAGUACCAGAUAGGGCCUCGCGCAUCGACGCCGAAGCAGUUUGGUAG